AUGUAUGCAUUGCCUACUAGUGCUGAGGGUGCCUGUUACCUGUGUGUGCCGCCUGACCCCGGUAUCCAGUCUGCUGCUCUAGGUGCUGGUGAGGCUGCUGCUCUAGGUGCUGGUGCGUCUCCUGCUCCAGGUGCCGGUGAGGCUGCUGCUCUAGGUGCUCGUGAGUCUACUGCUCCAGGUACUGGUGAGUCUGCCCUCUCUGGUGCUGCGCCUGCUGCGAUCUUUUACACCUUCACCCUUGACUCGGGAGCUUCUCGCUCCUUCUUUCGAGACCGCACCACACUCACGCCGCUUAGUCGGCCGGUUGCAGUCUCCCUGGCAGACCCCUCUGGGGGUCCUGUCCUUGCCCACUACUCCACUGUCCUACCGUGUCCGGCGGCCCCUUCUGGCUCCCUGUUAGGUCUUUACCUCCCCUCGUUCUCUACGAACUUGGUGAGUGGUGCUGACCUACAGGAUGGGGGGGUUGACCAGUUCACUCCUGCGAGUCAGCGAGUGACCCACUGCACGUGUGCUCGGACGGGCCGACACUUGGCCACGUUUACCCGUCAGCCGGGGUCGAGCCUGUACACACUCACUACCGAGUCUCCUUCGGUUCCUGCGUCUAGUCAGGUAGCUGCGUCGAGUCAGGUGUUUGCUGCAGCGUCCAGGUCUGGUCUUGAGUCUGCCCCCUGCUCGUGUCGUCUCCUGUCUCACCAGACUCUCCUCUGGCACCACCGCCUUGGUCACCCCUCCCUGCCUCGUCUCCGGGGCAUGGCCUCCCGUGUCCUUGUCUCUAGUCUGCCCCGGUCCCUCCCUCCCCUUCCCCCGGGGCCUGCCCCUACCUGCGUUCCCUGCGUCGAGGGGCGGCAGCGCGCCGCUCCUCACUCCUCCGAGUUUCCUCCGACAGAGGCUCCGCUGCAGACUCUCCACAUGGACGUGUGGGGCCCAGCCCGCGUCCGUGGACAGGGUCACGAGCGUUACUUCCUUCUGGUGGUUGACGACUACUCGCGUUACACCUCAGUCUUCCCCUUGCGCCGCAAGGGUGAGGUCACUGAGGUGUUGAUCGACUGGAUCCGCGCUGCCCGUCUCCAGCUCAGAGAGAGUUUCGGCUCGGACUUUCCUGUUCUGCGUCUGCACUCUGACAAAGGUGGAGAGUUUUCCUCCGACCUUCUGCGAGCCUUCUGUCGUGCAGAGGGCAUCCGCCAGACGUUCACGCUUCCGGCCUCUCCACAGCAAAAUGGGAUUGCUGAGCGCCGCAAUGGCAUGAUCAUGGACGUCGCUCGUACGUCCAUGAUCCAUGCGGCUGCUCCCCAUUUUCUGUGGCCGUUCGCGGUUCAGUACGCGGCGCAUCAGAUCAACCUUCAGCCCCGGGUCUCGAUGCCGGAGACCUCCCCCACUCUGCGGUGGACGGGGAAGGUUGGCGAUGCAUCUGCGUUCCGUGUCUGGGGAUCUCGAGCUUUCGUCCGCCACUUGUCUGCGGACAAGCUGUCCUCCCGUGCUGUUCCCUGCGUCUUCCUUGGCUUCCCCCCUGACGCGCCUGGCUGGCAGUUUUACCACCACACCUCGCGCCGUGUUCUGUCCUCCCAGGACGUCACGUUUGACGAGUCGGUGCCGUACUACCACCCCCUUCCCCCUCAGGGUCCUGCCCCCUCAGGUGUGUCUCAGGUAGACGCAAUCGAGCCUGUCGAGGUAGCUGUUGACUCUGGUGCUGCUCGGGGUGCUGCGCCUGCGGGUGCCGAGUCUGGGGGUGCUGAGCAUGAGCGUGCGGAGCCUGGGGGUGCUGGGACUGGGGGUGCUGAGCCUGGGGUUGCUGAGUCUGGGGGUGCGGAGCCUGGGGGUGCGGAGCCUGGAGGUCCUUCGGGUGCUCGUACUGGAGGUACUGGAGCUGCUGGGCCUGGUGGUUCUACUGGUGCUGGACCUGCUGGAGGAGCUGGAGCUGGGGGUGCUGCUGGAGUAGGUGCUGCUGGGGGUACAGGAGCCGAUGCUGCUCCGUCUUCUGGUGGUCCUUUUGGCGCUGGAGCUGUUGGAGGUUCUGGAGCUGGAGGUGCUGCUGGAGCUGGAGCUGGAGGUUCUGGAGCUGGAGGUGCUACUGGAGCCGGUGCUCCUGGAGCUGCUGGAGUUGGCGGUGCUGGUGCUGCUGGAGGUGCUACUGGAGCUGGUGGCGCUGCUGGAGUCGGAGCUGACGCUGGGGGUGCUGGUGCUGUCCCUGCUGGUUCUGGAGGUGCUGCGCGGCCUCGGCCGUACUUCGUUCCCCUCCUAGAGCAGGUUCUUGGCCUUCCGCCUUCUUCUGGUCCUUCUCCUGCCUUAGAGUGUCCACCAUCCGUCCCGUCCGUGUCACAGUUACAGCUGGCCUGUCCACUGCCUGCCCCUUCUCCCUACACUGGUCCUACUGGAGGUCUUGCUGAGCGUCGUGCGCCUGCGUUUCGCCCUGCGUCGCCUGUUCGUGCUGUUCGCGCUAGUCGUCGUGUUCCGCGUCAGCGUCCUCCUGCGGUCCCGGGCACGCAUCAGAUGGCACUGCGUCCUUCCACUGCUCCGCAGCGUGUCCCUUUGCCGUCUCCUCCAGAGUCCUCUCUUCCUGCUCUUGCUGACCCGGGGUCUGACUCUCUUCGUGCUGCCAGUCCUACUGUCACGCGUCUCCUGGCUACUGUUGUCACUGACCCUUCCUUUGAGUCCACUGCUGCGUCUGCCUUAGUUGCUGAGCUUGUCGACUUCGCUGCUCACUGUCGUCUAGACUACGCCGCGAGUCUUGUUGCUGAGUCUGAGUCUGUCUGUCCUCCGUCCGUCGGGGGCUUAGCCAUUGGAUGGAUGAGAGGCGCAACUCACACAGAGACCAUUGUCAUGUCACCUGAUUUUUUCACCGUCACCAUCUCAUCCCUCGGCGCGGACAAGCAUAGGCAGGGCAGCACGCCAUGGGUGCGAGCCAUCAUGGUGCAGGACUUGGACUCCCCACAGCCGCUGCCACCCCCCCCAGUGCAUAGCAUCGUUGCUAGCGGUCCCUUCCCUCCUCCUGCCCCCGCCAUGCACAGUUCAGAUGCUGCUGCGAGCCCAAGGGUGCCGGCAGGGUUUCAGCCAGAGCUGGUGUGUGCGAUUGUUGACGCGCAACAGGAGUACCAUUUUGGCAAGCUCCUGAAUAACGCAGAGAAGUACUGGGUGGUGGGCAAGCUGUCGCACCACUUGCAUACAAUGCGCAUGCACCCAGCGCAACACUGGUUCCAGUCCUUGCCCGUGCGGUUACCACCGUCGUCGUCAGGGUCCGCUGCUUCGUCCGCGUCGAACCGGGAUGUGCCAGCAGCGGGUGCGGCGGCGAGUGUGACGAAGGCAGACGUGAAGAAAACGGAUGUUCCUCUGGAAAGUGCACGUACCGCAGCCAAUGUGUCACCUGCCGUAAUCACAGCUCCUAUUGUCCGCCCUGAUAUUUUCAGCGACGCUGCUGCAACUCCCAGCGCCACCGCUGCUGCUCCAGACCCUUCGCCCGACGCCAGUAGUGCGACAGGGAGCAUUUCUAGAAAGGCUAGUAACGAGUCUCGCACUAACGAAUCUGUCCAGGCUGGAAGCAGCGGGGCAGACGAGACGGGGAGUAAGAAGGGGAGCCUACAUGCGCGGCAAGCAGGCACGUCUAAGAGGGUUGCCUUUGCUCUUCCCUCCUUAGAAACAGGCGAGCCAGCGAAGGGAUUCACUAAGGCAGUUGGCGGGGCUGCUGAUGGCGAUGGCGGUGAUAAGCGUGAGGCCGGGACUUCUCCACUGCCGGCCAUCGGAUCCCGACCAUCCGAAUCUCAACCGUCCGAUGCGUCUUCGCUGUCCACUUCGCCACCAGCUGAGAACCCCAUAGAGACAGCUCUCGCCGUGGCUUCUGAUUGGCUGAGACGGCAGGGAAUAGGAGUGCGCGCAGUGGCUGCUAUCGACCAUGCGAUUCACAACAUGGGGCCAGCAGCACAGGGGGCGGCGCAGGCCGGGCGGCAGCUGUGGGCGGCGCAUGGGCGGCAGGCGGUGGGGGAGGUGGUGAAGUGGCCGAUGCUGGCACAUGUGUGCAUCGGCGUGGGUCUCACGUUCCUCCUCUGCCAGACGGGCUUCCUUCUCUCCCUGCUGCUGCUGCCAUGGGCUGUGCUCUACUUCUGGCUGCUGUGGACGCACCAUUACGAGCGCCUGAAAGUGGCAGUCAGAGCAGCCGUGCGCAUCGAGCAGCUCAUGUCGCGGGCCAUGCCCGAGGCAGAGACAGCCUUCUGGGCGUCGGUGCUGCUGUCCAAGGCGUGGCCGCUCUUCCUCAACGACCUCGUCUCCACCAAGCUCAUGCCCAAAGUCGCUCCCUGGUUCCUCUCCCGAUACAAGCCGCCCAUGCUCGCGAAGGUGGAGGUGGUGAAGGCGAAUUUCGGUGACACAGCGCCCGUCAUCACAUCCAUCAAGGCGUUCCGGGAGGGAGGAGGGCGCAACCAUGUGGAGCUGGAGGCGAGUGUGGAGCUGGUGGGGGCGGACAACUUGAGUGUGCAGGCCACGGCCUAUGUGGCGGGCAUGGCCAGCAUCCCCUGGACCGCCUACAUCACCGGGCUGCAGCUCACCGGCACGAUGCGGGUGGGGCUGCGGUUCCGGCGCUCGCUGCCGUUUGUGGACCGUGUCACGCUGAGCUUCGUGAGGCCCCCCCAGGUGUCGUGUGCCAUCAAGGUCAUGGGCGCGCUGGACGCCGCCAGCAUGCCGCUCGUGGCUUCCUACGUGGACUACACGCUUCAAAACGCGCUCAAGACGUCGCUCUGCUGGCCCAAUCGGCUGGUGGUGGUGGAUGCGGUGAGGGCAGCCGCCUUUGUGCUGGACCUGCCAGUGCCGCCCCCCACGCCCGAGGAGAUCAGCAUUGUCACUCCGCGGCCCGUCACCAAGAGCAAAAGUACCAUCUCUGCUAUCUCUAAAAAGUUCCUUUCCAAGAAAGGCCCCACUGCCGCCUUGCCAGCUGUCGCCACGCUAUUGGUCGAAGUCAUCGAGGCAAAGGAUCUCCUGGCGGCAGAUUCGGGCGGCACGUCUGACCCCUAUGUGAAAGGGUCGAUCGGCGCCGCCCGCUUCCAAACCGCGGUCAUCUCGAAAAACCUUAACCCGCAGUGGAAGCAAAAGUUUGAGGUGCCCGUGGCGGACUGGUCGCUACCCGAAAGCUACACUCUGGUACUGCGCGUGAAAGACUACGAUAUGUUCUCAGCCAAUGAUGCGAUCGGGCGGGCUCAGAUGGACAUUAGUGCGGUCAGGGGGGCUGGGAGGAAGGAAGAGUGGCUGUCACUAGUGGACGGUGGAAAUGGAAAGAUCAGAGUGGCUGUAGAGGUGAAGGAGGAUGGGGGUGUUGGUCCCAGCGGCAGUGACUCCGAUCCUGCUGGCCCUUCUGCUGUCGCUGCUGGUGGUAGUGCUGGUGGUGAGAGUGGUGGUGCAGCUGUGGGUGGAAGGGGAGUGGAGAGAGCAGCGUCAGACGCAUCAACAUCCACAUUAGAGUCGUACACUCACGACUCGCAAUCCGUGUCUCCUGCCCGCUCAGAGGAUGCUGCUCGAGUUGCUGCGCCCACCACAGCCACAGUCGUUCCGCGUUCAGCUACCUCCGAGGUCCCCCCCUCCCCGUCUCUCACGCCCUCCUCCUCCUCAUCCGCCAAGAGCAGCAGCAGUUGGUUCCGAGGCCUGUCCAGCACCAGCCGUGGCAGCCGCAACAGCCGCUCAGGCAGCAGCGCCACCUCGUCCCAGCCUACCUCCCUUGACGAAACCACCCCUGGGGCCACAACUCCCAAGGAAAUCACUCCUGCACCAAAAACGCCCAAGGAGGGCACACCGCGGUCAGGCAGCCGGAGCUGGUCAUUCAAGUCGGGCUCGCUCAGGCGCUUGGGGUCAGGGUCUGGUGCCAGCUUGAGUAUUGCCGUGGCCACUGUCCAUGUGGAGGUGAUCGAGGCUGAUUCCCUCGUUGCUGCCGAUAAGAUUGGUACAUCUGAUCCCUACCUGAAAGGCUCCCUGGGCUCUUCCAAAUUCUCCACCAAAAUCAUAUUCAAGACGCUCUGCCCGCGAUGGAACGAAAAGUUUUCGCUGCCCGUGAAGGAAUGGCCGCCUGCGGGCAGCCCGUUCCUCUUGAAGCUGAACAUUUUCGACCGUGAUAUGCUGACUCAGCACGACCCGUUAGGGAACGCUGCCCUCGAUAUAAUGCCGCUGAGGGAUGGUGCGAGGCAUGCCCUGUGGGUGAAACUAGAGAACGUGGCUACAGGGAGGGUGCAUGUGGCUGUGACUGUAGAGGAUCACAUGGGGCAGGCAGAGACUGAUGAUGAAGAGAAUGAGUCAGUGGAAGGAGGUGAGGAGGGUGGGGAUGGGAAGGCGGGGGUUAUCUCUGCCCCCACCAGUGCCGCCCAGUUAACACCUGCACCAGAAUCACCUUCCCGGGUGUCGUCACGGUCGUCCAAGAAGCCAGCAGGCAAAGCACCUGCGCUCUCCAGCAUUCCUUCGGGGCAGGAGCUCUCAGCCAUGGCUGACGCUCCUGCUGCCUCUUCCUCUUCCUAUGGGCCUUCCAGCCCCCCGGCUGCCAGCGACUCCCCUGUGGCAGGAAAGGGGGGAACGGGAGAGGCUGGGGAGGCAGGGGGGGGGGCAGAAGGAGGCUGGGAGUCUGAUGCGCAGGGGCUGCAGGGAGUGGAGAAGGAGGUGCCGCAGGUGUGGGUGGCUCAUGUGGAGAUUAUUGAAGCGACGGAUCUGGUCGUUGCUGACAUGACAGGCAAGGCGAAUGUCAACUUGAACGUGUUACGGGAUGGACAGCGCCACGCGCUGUGGUUACCGUUACAAGGAGUGAAGAGCGGCAAGGUGCAUGUGGCGGUGACGUUGAAGGAGCAGAAUGUGGAGUCUAAUGUUGUGGUGCACGAGCUUAUGCCUGGCUGUGUCAUCGAGUGCUAUGAUGCAAUCAAGCUGGUGCUCUAA